CUUAUGUAAAUUCCUAAUUAACAUGGUACAAAUCCAGAAGAUCUUAAAAUUACAAGAGAUGUAUUUGAUAAAAUGAAUUUAGGAAUUCAAAAAAAUAGAGAAGGCAAUGAAAAGACCUGAAUUCGCAGAGUUAAUGGGUGAUUACAUGAAAGAGAUUUCAGAUCCAAAAAAUAGGGAAGAAUAUGAUUAAUAUCUAAAAUAAUUGGAAAAAGAAUCAGAGUUACCAAAGGGAAUGAAAUUAAUCAAACCUGAACCUCAUUUUUGUGUAAAGACUACAAUUUGGAAUAAGUAAAAUAGAAAGCAUGAAUAAAAAGUAUGUAUUCAUUCUUAUUUUAAGUUUUUUAUAAAUAUAUGUUCAACUGGUGUUUUAGAUAAGCCAUAAUCAGAAACAAUAACAUAAAAUGGAUAAACUGGUUAAAAUUGGAAAAUCCCAUAUUCAAUUGGUAAAAUCAGAUAUGAUCAAGAUAAAAGUAAUAAAAAUAAUUAAUUUAGAACAAAAUAUAUGUAAUACAGUUGAUGUAGCCUUUCAUCCAAAUACUAUUGGAUUAUGUUACAAAAUGCCUAAUUUUUAAAAUUUAGUUUGUUCUACAGCACUUGAAGCAUCAGGUAAAUAGCUUGGAGAAAGAAAUGAAGAAAUAAGCAAAGAUUUUAAAGUACUUAAACAUACAAAAUGUAAAGGAGGUGAACCUGCACUUUUGCCUGUUAGAAUAGAUAAAAAGGGAAAACUUACUAAUGAAUUAGAUAGUAGAUAAGGAGGUUAAGCUAAUGCAUAAACUAAAUUAUAAAAAGAUAUAAACUAGAUGAAAGAAGAAAAUGAAAAGACUAAGGAAGAAGAAAAAUUAAAAUAAUAAUAAUAAAAAGAAGAAUUAGCCGAAGAUGAUGAGGAUAUUAAAAAAGAAUCAAAUGAAAUAGAAUCUACUGCAGUUUCUAGACCAAAAUUUAGAUUUAUUUAUUCUUAUCCAGUUGAAUAUAGUGAUUUUUUAGAUUCUAGAGCUAAUAUGUCUAUUAAAUUACCAAAUUAAUUAGCAUGUGAACUUAAAAUGUUUAAAGUUGAGGCAAUGAAAGAAAUUUAACUUGAUUUAAGCAAUUAAGCACUUGUUUUAGAUGUCCCGAAUAAAUAUUUUUUAGAUAUCAAAUUACCAUAUCCUAUUGAAUCUAAUGAAGCAUCUGCUAAAUUUGAUGCUAAAGCUAAGACAUUGAAGAUUAGAGCUCCUAUAUCAAAAGAAUAUUUAAAAAUCAAAUAUUAAGAAGAACUUGAUAGAAUUAAACAAGAAUAAAUUUCAAUCUAAAAUGAUGAUGAAAAUCAGGAAUCUGAAAUUAAAUAAGAAAUUUAAAUUAAGUUUAUCCCAUAAGAACCUGAAGAUUUAAAAAUUGAUGAUUAAAAGGUUCUCGUAGAAGAGCUUGCUUCAUCUGAAAUUAAAGAUCAAUUAAAUUAAGAAAUCGAAGUAUAAGAAUAAAAAUAGUAAAUUAUUAUUUUAUAAUUAUAAGAGAAAACUUUUUAUCAUUAACCUUCAAUCAAAGAUAAGAUGGAAAAUUGUUGUUUCUAAUAAUUCGUAUUAAAGGUUAUACAAAAGAAGAACUUUAAAUAGAAUAUGAUGAAAAUGAUCUUUGCAUUUUGUAAAAACUAAUUGUAAACUCAAUCAUCACAAAUUAAUUUCUACAUUUGAAACUUCAAAAUAAUUCUGAUUCCUUAGUAACUGUUGAUUAUGUUACAGACUUUGUUAUAAUUAAAUUUGAAAGUAAAAAUUAAGAUAAUUAAAUAAUAAUUUAAGAACAAGGUAUAAUUUAUAUAUAUUAAUGAUUAGAGUAUGCAAAUAUACCUUUUUCAUAAUUCCAUGAGAAAUUAGAUGAGCUAAAAAACAGCAGGUUGAGAAAGUUAGAAUAAUAGCAACAAAAGAUUAAUAAUGAAGAAUUAGAGAUUCCAUAUUCAAAGGAAUAAACACAGUAACCUGAAAAUUAAAAAAAAAUUGAAUACAUUGAACAAAACAAUGAUGAAGAUGAUUAACCUGAGCUAAAAGUGGAAAGUUAAUAAACUCUGCUAAAUAAUUUUUAAUAGAGAAAAAACAUUCAAUUUCUAAGAUUCCAUGAUAUUAUGCCAGAAAUAUUUGAGAUAGAUUGA